GACACCUUUCUACACUUCUCAUGAGCUUUCCGAGAAAGAGCACUUGAUCCGUUUUAGAUGGCCUAUCAGUAGAGCUUAGAAGAGAAUUCUGUUCUUCAGUACUUGAGGUACAAAUAGAGGUGAAGAAAAUGAAGAUGUUAGUAAGUUUUAGCUUAGUUGUAGUCUUUGGAGUUUGGGCGGCGCGAGGAACAACCACAAAGUACUACACAUACGAGGAGGACGCGCCAGGAACCUUCAUCGGCAAUCUUUCCAUGGAUCUGAACAUCGACCCUUCUGAAGACCCGAACACGAGCUUCCGAUUCAUGCAAGAGGGUAAUUCGUCCCUGAUUUACAUGCAUAAGAGCGAUGGGGUCCUCACGGUGGCGGAGCGCAUCGACCGCGAGAGCCUGUGCCAGCGCGCGCCGCAGUGCGUGAUCACUUUUGACGUGGUGGUGUUCUCCAAAGAGAAGUUCAACCUGAUCCACAUCGAGAUCCACGUUCGAGACAUCAACGACCACGCUCCUGUUUUUCUGCGCAACGAAACACAGCUCGAGAUCUCCGAGGACGUUCCCGUGGGCGCGCGCUUUCCCAUAGAGGUGGCCAGUGACUCGGACGUGGGCAGCAACUACAUCCAGAGUUAUCAGCUCCUGCACAACAGUCAUUUCGGCAUUGAGGUAAAAACAGGAGAAGACGGCGUGAAGGUCGCGGAACUCGUGCUGGUCAAAGAGCUGGACAGGGAGGUGGAGGAUUCCUACAUGCUUCAGGUGACCGCGAGCGACGGUGGAAGCCCACCCAAGUCCGGAUCCGUGACAGUGCACGUCAAAGUUUUGGACUCCAACGACAACAGCCCACAGUUCGAGCACAGCACCCUUAAAGUGGAGCUCCACGAGGACGCACCGGUGGGUUUCCUUUUACUAAAGGUGCAGGCGUUCGACCCGGACCACGGCACGAACGGGGACGUGCGCUACGACUUUGAGGAGGGCGUGUCCGACGAGAUCAAGAGCACCUUUGAAGUAGACCCGAUCAGCGGGGCGCUCACCAUGAAGUCCACGGUAGACUUCGAGAUUAGAAGGUCCUACGAGGUGAACCUACAGGCGUACGACCUUGGGGCGAAUUCCUUGCCAUCGACCUGUGCCAUCAUCGUAGACGUCGUGGACGUGAACGACAACGCGCCGGAGAUUAAGAUCAAGCCGAUGACUUCAACAAGCCAAGAGAUGGCCUACAUCACUGAAGCGGCGGCGGUGGAAAGCUUCGUGGCUCUCAUCAGCACCACGGACAGGGACUCAGGUGCCAACGGCUACGUGCGCGUGGGUCUACACGGGCACGAUCACUUCCGACUGCAGCAGGCCUAUGGCGACAAGUUCAUGAUUGUCACGACCUCAGCUUUGGACAGAGAAAAAAUCCCUGAGUACAACCUCACCAUAGUGGCUGAAGACCUCGGUUCCCCACCAUUCAAAACUUUUAUGCAGUACACCAUUCGAGUUACAGAUGAGAAUGACAACCCCCCACAGUUCAGCAAGCCCGUCUAUGAGAUCUCAGUGAUGGAGAACAAAGCACCAGGUUCCUAUAUUGCUACACUGGUGGCUCGUGACCCUGAUGAGGCAGCCAACGCUAAGGUCACCUAUAAGCUGAUUGAUAACGAAGUGGAAGGAAUCCUGAUGAGUUCAUUCCUCUCAGUGGACUCUACCUCUGGCACUCUCUACGCUGUGAGGUCUUUGGACUAUGAGUAUGUAAAGCAGAUUGAGGUUGCCAUUCAAGCCACAGAUGGAGGCUCCCCUUCGCUGUCAAGCACAGCUCUGGUCAAGGUCAGAGUGGUGGAUGAGAAUGACAAUGCGCCUUUUAUUACCCAUCCCAUUCUCAUCAACAGCUCAGCAGAUGUGCCUCUACCCUUCAAUGCGCCAGCUGGUUACAUUGGCCUGAGGGUCAAAGCCCGCGACAUGGAUGACGGUGUGAAUGCAGAGCUGUCUUACACUAUUGUAGAUGAUAAGCAAUCAUUGUUCUCCAUGAAUAAAAACUCUGGCGAGGUUGUGCUAAAGAACAGCCUGACAUUUGAGUAUGGGGAUGUGCUGGAGAUCACAGUAGUGGCAAGCGACCAUGGUAGGAACCCUCUGUCUUGCACAGCCACCAUCCGCUUUGUGGUGUCAGAUGUCCAGCCCUUAGAGGAGCAAGUGGUGGUGUUUCUCGAGGCAACUGAAGAAAAGAAUGAGCCUGACUUUGAUGCUUCCAUCAUUAUCAUUGUGCUUCUGGCCAUUGGGUGUGCCACACUGCUGGUUGCCAUUGUGGCAGUGGCCUUGUCACGCAGGAAAGAUCCAAUGGACAUCACCAUCAGCAAAUUGGAGCGUGGCACUAAAGGAAACUUUAAGAAGUCUCCACUGCCGUCACAUAGCAUCGACUCUUCAGACUCCGCCAGCUUCUCUGGAGGCAGCAGCACUGUCACAGAGCACAUUUCCACUUCACAGGACGAGUCAUCUUAUUCUUAUGAGGAGGAGCACAGCAGAGACUCUGACAAUAAGGUGUUUCGACCACUCUUGAACAAGGCCAAUUUUGAGCCGGUUACCAUUUGGCAAGGAGACAGAUACUCUCUUCAAAUGAGUGGGAUUAGGUCCACUGACCAAACAAGUGUAAAAGACAGCGGGAAAGGAGACAGCGACUUCAAUGACAGUGACUCUGAUGCUAGUGGAGAAGCCAGUCGAAAAAUGACCGCCAUCAGCCAUCAGCGAGCAAGCAGUUCAUUCCACACCGCACCAAUGGAUGUAGCCUGCAGAACCAGAGAGAUCCCAACACACACCAGCAGCUCACACUUGGGCAAUGGUGGAUACAGUAUAGCAUACCGGACACCAGUCUAUGGCCACCAUCCAGCUGCCAGCCACCAAGGACCAACCUGGAGGGACUACGGCUAUAACCCAAUCCUUUCUCAAGCCUCAAAGCAGCCUCCAGCACCCAUGUGUCAUAGAAUGGGGACACUCCCAUCCCAGCAUUAUUAUUACCAGCAGAAUACAAUUGCUCAGAAAAACAGACAAGCCAUAUCCACCACAGAACUGAUGACAGACUCUAUUGCCACACCUGUGACAUACUUUUAAAGCAUACUUUUGACUGCAUUCACCGAACUUAGCUGAGAGCUUAACAACAAAAGCAGGCCUUUCAAGACUGUGAACUCAUCUUGCAUUUCAGGCUUAACAACUUCAGAUUUAAAUGCUGCUAUAUUUAUGGUAUUUUUAUCAACCAUUGUUUUGUUUUGUUUUUGUAUUAUAUUCUGUAUAUAAUUUUUGAGCCUAGCAUUCUGCUUCAUUUGGCCUGUCAAGAGGGUCGUUGUAUUUUGUAAUCAGUGUAAAUAUCUGCUAUGUGAAUAUGUGUAAAUAAUCUGUUUUAUAUUUAUUGACAUCACAUAGAUGUACUUGUGAAUAAAAUUUAAAAAUGAAAUGA